AAUUCUUUCAUGACAGGAUAUUUCACACUUCCACCUAGGUACUGACAUGCUAUGAGUGGAGCUUGCUUCAUCUUUCACAGUUCAUUUUUUAUUUUUUUGCAUCUUCCUUUUUAAAAGCAGUUGAUGGCCACUUGAGGAGAUCCAUAUAACUGGAAGGACCUCUGACCCAGAAACCGAAGAAGCGCUGUGGACAUGGGGAUCUUAUACUCUGAGCCAAUUUGUCAAGCUGCGUAUGGCAAUGACCUAGAUGAUGUCGAACUCAUGUUAGCAGAAGAUCCCAAAAAUCUGAAUGUGAAGGAUAAUUAUGGUGGUGAUACUCCACUGAUAUGUGCCUGUCGUCGAGGUCAUAUCAAAAUAGUCAAUUACUUACUAUCCAAGAAAGCAGAUGUAAACCUCAGAAAUAAUAAGGAAAGGACAUGUUUGCACUAUGCUGUAAGAAAAAGGUUCAGUUUUCUGGACUACUUGUUGAUUAUAAUCCUGAUGCCGGUUAUGCUUAUUGGAUAUGCUAUCAUGAUUUCAAAGAGCAAACAGAAUGAGAGACUGAUCAGAAUUUUACUGUACUCAGGUGUUGAUGUCAAUGCUGCAGACAACAAUGGAAACACUGCCCUUCACUAUGCCUGCAAAAUGAAGACCCAAGCCACAAUCCCAAUACUGCUUGAAGCUAAUGCUAAUCCCUACAUUAAAAAUAAGGAAGGUGAAAGUUCAGUCGACAUUGCAGAGAGAUUAAAGUUUACAAAAAUUCUGGAGUUAAUGAAAAAGUCUUCAUAGCUUUAAUAGGGACGUGUCUUCCUAUCUGGUAAGAACACAGAUCACACUACCUACCUGUGCAAUGCAAUACAAUACAGACAGGCAAUGGAGAAGUGUGGAUAUGUAACUGUAUUAAAAGCCAUACACAAGUGUGUGUUUUUUUUGUUUGUUUUUUGUAAUGGUAGUUGCCAAAUGGUUACUUUAAUUUACUAUGUAAUAGGCUAAGAUGUGUCAUGAAGUUCUUCCUUAUGUGUGCCAAGACUGGAGCCGUUCUUAUUGGGGUUCGGACAUUACACUUGGCAUGAAAUAAACUAUAUAUAAAUGUU